AUGACGGGGGGCCUGGACGCCCUGGGCCGGACCGUUCUUGGAGCAGGAGUGAUGGCGGCCCACCGAGGCCGACGCCUGCGCGCCGUCUUCAACGCGUCCGUGCAGUUCCUGCACUGUCAGCUCAGCCGCCGCCGCCGCCUCCCGGGGGUGCGCGCAUCCUUGCGGGGACCGGGUCCGCUGACCUCUCCGUGCCCUCCACCCCCCCAGUGCCAGCCUCAGGACGACCAGGCGUGCGCGGGCACCGGCCGCGGGGAGCCCCUGAGCGCCCACGGGCCCCAGCUGCACACGCAGCUGACCCAGCCCAUCGUGGUCACCGUGCCGCGGCCGCCGCCCUCCCCGUGAGCGCGGCCCCCCAAGGGCGCCCCGGGCCGAGCCGCGCGACCCUCCCCUCCCGCAGCGGCCCCGGCCGUCGUGGCCCUGGCGCUGGCCGCCUUCGUGCUGGGCGCCGCGCUGGCCGCCGGCCUAGGUCUCGCCUGCGCGCGCUCGCUCAGGUACGGACCUGGGAUGGCCGGGACCCCCGCGGGGGGUCCACCACCUCCUGACCUACGCUACGCCCCCAGCAGCCCCCAGGGGGCGCCCUUGCCCAGCCUGCCGCCGCUUCUACCUUGCAGGACCCCCCCACCCCCAACGCCCACCUCCUAG